GAGCUUCGGCGGGGCGAGCUGUGGUCCGCCGGUGCGCGGAAUGCGUCCCCCUGGGGGUGAGCCCCGCGCCCAUCCCGCCCUCCGGUACGCCCCGAGACGGCUUGCCCGCUGGGCUUCGGCGCGGGCUUCUCUGGCGAGGAGGUGCGCUGAGGUGAGGGCGCCACCCUCCUCGCCUUGCUGAGCCCCCACGCCGCUUUGGAGGAGGGAUGGAGCAGCCGCCCGGUAGACUCUGUCAGGCAGACCUGGACAGCCUGAACGCGAUCCACGCCAAUGACUCGGCUCAGGCCGGGAACUGCAAGACGGACGAAACCCCCGUCUACCAAGAUGGCCUCCCACUCUCCUGGAAGAUCGUCCUGGCCAUCAUCUUGGCUCUCAUCACCUUGGCCACUGUCCUGUCCAAUGCUUUUGUCAUCGCCACUGUCUACCAGAGUCGCAAACUCCACACGCCAGCCAACUAUCUCAUCGCCUCCUUGGCUUUCACCGAUCUCCUGGUGUCCAUCCUGGUCAUGCCCAUUAGCACCAUGUACACUGUGACUGGGAAGUGGACUCUGGGCCAGGUGGUCUGUGACAUCUGGCUCUCUUCCGAUAUCACUUGUUGCACUGCAUCGAUUCUCCACCUGUGUGUGAUUGCCUUGGACAGGUACUGGGCCAUCACAGAUGCGGUUGAGUACUCUAUCAAAAGGACUCCCAAGAGGGCGGUUGGCAUGAUUGCCCUUGUGUGGGUCUUCUCCAUCUCCAUCUCGAUGCCCCCUUUUUUCUGGCGCCAGUCCAAAGCAGAUGAGACGGCCGAUUGUAUGGUGAACACAGAUCACAUCUUGUAUACCGUCUACUCCACGGUGGGUGCCUUUUACUUGCCUACCUUGCUGCUGAUCAUCCUAUAUGGAAGGAUCUAUGUGGAAGCCCGAUCUAGAAUUUUGAAACAGACGCCAAAGAACACGGGCAAAAGGUUAACCCAGGCUCACCUAAUAACGGAUUCCCCGGGGUCAACGUCAUCGGUCGCCUCCAUAAACUGCAAGGCCUCGGAGGCGUCCAGUGAAACGGGGUCCCCCGUUUAUAUGAACCAGGUCAAAGUGAAGGUGUCGGAUGCUUUGCUGGAAAAAAAGAAGCUGACAGCUGCGAGAGAGAGGAAAGCAACAAAGACUUUAGGGAUUAUUUUAGGAGCCUUCAUCGUGUGCUGGCUACCCUUCUUCAUCAUCACCCUGGUGUUGCCUAUUUGUGAGGAUGCUUGCUGGUUCCACAUGGCCAUCUCUGACUUUUUCACGUGGCUGGGAUAUCUUAACUCUUUGAUCAACCCCAUCAUCUACACCAUGUCCAAUGAAGACUUCAAACAGGCAUUUCACAAACUGGUACGGUUUCGAUGCACAAGCUGAAUGUUGAAUGCAGUUAAGCAUUAAUUCUCCAGGGCAGGAGUCUUGAAUGCAUUUUGUGGGUCUGGUUCUGCAGAGCCACGUUGGUAGGCAUUGGAGAGCUUAUGGACAACUUCUAUGGAGACACUUCCAUCCAGCGUGACUGCACUUGAACUAGAAGUUUGUCAUCUAGUCUUCUCUGCCAGGAGAUCUUUGCCUCUCAGCCAUCUGUGUUCGAAAGCCCUCUUGCCAAUGUUUCAUUCUCCUCCCCUUCUCCUCCCCCCCCCCGCUAGCUUGCUAAUUUAAAGACUAUGCAGAAGUGGACUGUAAACAAAUUGUGCAUGCUGCUGAAAACCUUAGUAUUCAUCCAAAGCAGAGACCUGGAAGAAUUGGCACUGAUAGUCUGAGGAAAGCUAACCUGUUCCUUAGUAAGUAGGUUUGACGAUGAUAGGAGAACCUAAUCAAAUAGAGAGGAGCCCAGUGUGAGAAAAGCAACUCAUUCUUAUUUGUGUCUUUUGUACAAUUGUGUCUUCUUUUCUGUUUUCCAACUUGUUAAAUUGUAACAAACCAAUCAAACAGUAUGUAUGUGUACGUGUUUGUGUGAGUGCAUGCAUGCUGGCCUGUGUACACGAGGUGCCAAAGCUUGCAAGCUCUUUUUGUUUUGUUUUGUGUUACUGCUAUAUGUUCCUAAUAUUUUUAUAUAUUUAAAUAAGUGACUCACACACAUCACUCUUCUGUUAUUUCACCAAUUAAUAUGUAGAAAUUGGGUGAACAAACCUUUCUGUCUUUGAGCUGCUUUUUGCUCCUGAAGCCAAUAUUGUUAGUUUUUAUUAUGGAAGAAAAGCCGAUGAAACAUUUCCUUAUGUUGAUGCAGCUAUUAAUGACUGGAAUGACAUAUUCAGUGAGCCGCCUCUCCCAAGGUAACACAGCUUCCUGUUAUACUGAUUUCACAAGCACAUUUGUUCCACUUCAGAUCUACAUGUUAUAUUGGAUACCUUAAGGGACCUGGUGUCUUCUCCAGAAAUUCUUUCACAGUACUUCUUGGUAAAAAAAAAUAUUAGGCACAGUUUUAAUUUUCUCCAGCAUUACUUCCAUCCUUUCCUGAAACUGUGACAAACCAAAGGAAAGAUUUUUAAAUACAUGGCUCACUUAAAUUACUUGCACAAAUAAAGCAAUAAACUAGUCCCGGCUUCAAUCCUUUGAGGACUGUCUAGACAUAUAUAGAAAGGAGGGCUUUGAGAAAUGUUCCCCUGUACUAGCCAGGGUGCCAAAAAAUCUGAUUUGUACAGCAGUCACUGCUUCAAAUAAGCAUGGUAUUUAGAAAACCCUGGUACACCCUCAUUUGCCUGUAUUAUGUAAUAUGUUCAAGGGAAGCUUGCUGAUCUGCAUAUACAAGCCCCACUUUUCACAACAGUAAAGUUGUUAUUAAGAUCACUUUCCCCAUGUGGCAGGCUUUACAAAGAAAGUCUUUAAUGUACACACUGUUGGGCCUGAAGACCUGCAAGGUUUUCAUUAAAAUAUCAAUGGUUUUUCAGAAUGCAAAACAUAUCCUGCCCCUUGCACAAGACUGCAAGUCACUUGCUUUGCCUGCGUAUGGGGACUGAGCAGAAAAAUCCAAAUUGUGGUCCCUUUAGGUGGCAGAAAUAGAACUUCAUUUAUAUUAUUACCACUGUAGGGGAAAUUUUUUUUGAUUCCCCUACAUAUGAUUAAUAGUCAUAUGCUUGCUGCCUUUUGCUCCAAAAUAUGCCACUUAAGUGAAAGCCCUAACGAUAGCAUGGAUCCUAGUGUUAAACGGGUUGUGGGAGGGGGCAUGGAUCUCAUGAUCUUUCCCCAGAAAAUUCUUGAAAGCUCUACCCAGAGGUCCAGGAUUCCACUCAUCCAAAAGUAUGGUGUUUUCCUGCCACACCUGAGGUCAAGCAGCCAGCUAAGGAGGCCAACGAGGACCUCUUCCUGUUGCCACGUACUUGUGUACGUCCCUGCCUGUUGAGUUCACUGCUCUUUCUCUGUUGAAGAAGAACUGCAGCCUAUGGCAUUUUGCAGAGUAACAGAAUGAAGAAGUAUCCCCCCCCACCCACAACCAAACAUGCUUCAAGGAGUUUAAAGCCCACAGGAUUGAUAGAAGAGGCAGAGGAAGCAGAUAGAGGAAAAGGGAAAGGAGAAAAAAAAUGCAGGGUAGCAAAGAAUGGACCCGAUCCAAUGUACUAGCACACACAUACCCUUUGAGCUGAACUGAAGUGCCGUGGAAAUUGAGUUUAGUUUUAAAUUAAGAACUUUAUGUCACUUUUAUACAAAUCUAGUUCUUUGAAAAGGCACACUUGAUUUGGAAAAGAAACAGGGAACAAAAACUUUAUCUGUCAUGGGAAUCUUCUGCCUUUCUCAACUAAUUUGCAUGGAUAUGCACACAAAAAUUCACAUAUUUGUGUCUGUGUACUAACAUUUGGAGUCAACACCUCCCCCUUUCCAUUUUUUUUUCUAGAAAGAGUUGCUGAUCUCAUUCUGAAGGGCUAGAAAUUCACAACAUUGCACUUAAAUCAACAAUAAGCUAAAUGUUCUAACCUCUUUCCAAGUUGGCUGCUUGUGAAGGUUGUUCAAGAAAUAUAUCUAUAUAUCUAUUUCAAAACAGCCAAUGUGGACACUGUGACAAGUGAGAUCUAGAGCUCAGCCAACACACAGAGGGAAUAGAUUAUUUAUCUCUCAAUAAUUAGACGUUGUUUGCACUACUACAGUCCCUUCAGAAAUGAAGCACUUUGAGUUCCUGCUUUGGGAACCUUGGAGGAAAAAAACAUGAAAGUAGUCCCUCCACCCUUUUAACUAAUUGGGAAUAAGAAAUAGCCAUUUGAUGUCGUGACUGCAUAGCUUUUUCCAUAUCUGCAUCACUGUUACCUCAUCAGACACUGAGGAAUCUAAAGUCAUCUGGAACAUUGAGUGCUUGGUGUUUAGAUGCCGUGUGAACCUGAAGGAGUAGGGUUUUUUUUUAAACCUACUAUAUCAUUUGCAAAAUUAAUGCUUUAUCAAAAACUGAAUAAACUGAUGUUACUGGAAUUUGAACUUACUCCAUUAUAUAUUUUUACUCAUUAUUUUUCUAUGACUAGAUAGGUAACUUCUAUGUAAUAAGCCCAGCAGUCAAAAUUAAAAAUUCAGAAUAUGUUCCAUCUGCUUUGAUAGGAUUGCAUUGUAAGUGUUCAUCCUAAGUGUAACUGAAAAUCAAACAAUAAAAAAAAAGCGCUUUACUGUGUUCUCGAGAGUAUUGACAAAAAUUGUGUUGCUAAUUAUGGGG